CCAUAGAGAUUCACUUUGCAUCAGCAGCUCCAUGCUCCAGUGCUCUUGGAGAGUUUAUAGUCCUGAGAGUUGAACACUGGAUGACAACAGAAGAAAUCCUCCUCAUCAAAAACAUGACUUUGAUCUGCGUCCUCAUCUGGACUCUCCUCUGCUGCUUCACAGAGUCCAGAGCUCAGGUCACAGUGAAUCAGCCUGAAGCAGUGAGAGCUGAUCUGGGAGGAUCUGUCACCAUCAGCUGCAGAACAAAUCCGAAUGUUCGGGUCUGGCACAACUACCGCCUUUUAGCCUGGUAUCAACAGAAAGAUGGUCAAACUCCCAAGCGUCUCAUUUUUUUUGCUAGCUCUAGAGACUCCUGGACUCCGAGUCGUUUUACAGGCAGUGGAUCAAACUCUGACUUCACUCUGACCAUCAGUGGAGUUCAGGCUGAAGAUGCUGCAGUUUAUUACUGUCAGAGUCAACAUUACAUCAACAGUCAGCAUGUGUUCACACUUGGUGGAGGAACCAGGCUGGAUGUUAACUUGGAAAAUACCCGUCCCACCCUGACAGUGCUGCCCCCCUCCAGUGAGGAUCUGCAGCAGGGGAAGGCCACCCUCGUGUGUCUGGCCAACAAGGGCUUCCCCUCAGACUGGAGUCUGUCCUGGAAGGUGGAGGGCAGCAUUAACACCUUCACCUGGGAGGAGAACAAGAGCAGAGGAGUUAUGCAGAAGGACGGCUUCUACAGCUGGAGCAGCACCCUGAGGCUCCCUGCAGACCAGUGGAGAAAGGUGGGCUCUGUGACCUGUGAGGCCACCCAGGGCUCCCAGUCUGCAGUCACAGAGACACUGAGGAGAGACCAGUGCUCCCAGUACUGAGCUUGUUCACUCAUGAAUGUAUG